GUGUGUGUGUGUGUGCUGAUCGGUCCAGUGUGCGUCGAGCCAUCUGUUAUAUCAGGAUGAAUGUGUGUGCUCUCGUGCUGUGUGUGCUGCUGUCCGCCUCCAGCUGCUCAGCUGACAAAGCAGGAACGACUCUUCAGCCCUGGUUGGUGGGUCUGACCGCUGUCGUCGGUUUCCUCUUCAUCGUCUUCGUCAUCCUGAUGGUUCACAGACUCCUCAGGAAGAACAGGGCGGAGCAAGACGGCUGGGGUUAUGAAAACAAGGCUGCCGCCAUGGAUGAAGAUGAGAAUAUACAAACCAGUCUGUAGAAACGGAUGCACCUGUCAGCUGCCUCCCACUGCUUUGGGACAGCCGAUAAUAAUGUCUCUAUUGAUCUUUGGUUGCUUCUUGUAGCGAUGGAAAAACGCUUGUUUUUCAUUUUUAAAUACAGAAAUGCAAUA